AUGCCUGAAACGCCCUCAGGCAACAAUCCGGACAACCCUACACCAUCGCUUGACCCUCGCCUCUCAUGGGCUCAAGUAGCCCAAAAGAAGCGGGUGUCUCUUCUCCACAACUCCUAUUCCGUCUCUCAAGAUACAUCACGUCAACAGCAGACGGUCAUCUACUCCCACGUCUGGCGCGUGGGCCGAUCGCCUAACGCUGUCUUCUUCGAUGUUAGUUCUCGUCCCGGCAAAGUCACCGACAUUCUCAAACUUUUGACUGAACAAUACGCACACAUCAAUGGCGUCCAGCACCACACCGAAGGUCCUCGCGUCAUUCUCGAAGUUUACUUCCAGCAACCAGACGACUACCGUCGUGCUCUCGAACAAGGCCUGGAAUUCUUGAAGCAAACGUUUAUCCACGGCACCCCUGGCCUCCACCCUACCGCCCAAAUCAAGAAAAUCCGCCUGACACAGCUACCUUUCCUGAGUCCCGAGGCCCUAGUGCAAGGUCUCCAAACGACCAUGGCCAUGUACGGCCGUGUCAUGGACGUAGGUGUCUACCGCGACCAAACAACCAAUCUCUUCAUGGGAAACGGUUUUGCAGUGAUUGAUCAACAGCCGCUAGAAGGCGAACAAGCGUUCACCACUUUGGACCACCAUAUCCCAUGGUGCGGGGAUGAAAACAACCUCGUUUACGGCACAUUUUCUGACAUGAAACCACACUGCUCCCGAUGUCACUCUGCUUCUCACGUCGUUCGUGAUUGCCCGCUGCGCCGCAGCAACCAACGAGAGUGCUGGUCCUGUGGCAAAAAAGGCCACUUGUCC